AUGAAGCUCACACUCUCAGCAGCACUCCUCCUGGCCUCCGCCGCCGCAGCGUCCGCCUCGGGCGUAUACACUGUACCCAUCCAGAGCCUGAGAAACCCUGCUCACUUGAAUUCCGAGUCCCUGACAAGGCGCUACCUUCAAAAGCGUGCUGGGGCCUCUGUGACGGCACCGUUGACUAACGUUCAGUCGGAUCUCCUGUACACAAUCUCAAUAGGACUCGGUACACCUGCACAAACCUUCAACUUGGCCAUCGAUACCGGCAGUCCCAUCACCUGGGUCUCAAGCAGCAACUGCGUCGGGGCUGGCUGCACGGGCGUCAAGAAAUUCGACUGUGCGGCAUCUUCAACAUGCACUGUCUCAACAUCUGCCUUCAAUGCGUCGUAUGUGAGCGGCCAGAGUGCCAGCGGCACCUAUAUUGCUGAAACGUAUAGCAUUGGAAGUCUGCAAUUCCGAGCCAUCGCAGGAGUUGUCAGCACGAACAGCGCCAAACUGCCUACAAAUAUCGAUGGCAUCAUGGGUCUGUGGUACUAUGCUCAAGGCAGCCAGAUCCCAAUCGUGAACGUUCUCAAAAACACAACGGCAUUGGCGCAAAAUAUGUUUGGCGUCUACCUGGAAGCAGCGCAAACGGUCACUUCAGGCACUUCUGCCGGUGGUGAUAUUACGUUUGGGGGAGUUAACACUGCGCGAUUCACGGGCGAUAUCACAUAUAUUGACUGCGUUGCUGACCGGCCGUGGACCAUUCCAGUCGGUGGAGUGGCGGUCAACGGAAAAAGCAUCAGUGCCAGUGGAGCGGUAGCAACUCUUGAUACUGGCACGACAGCAAUUCUUGUUUCCAAAACUGUCUCAGAUUCUAUCAACAGUGCCAUCCCUGGAGCCUUGCAAGCUCAAGGUGGCGUCUGGGUCCUCCCAUGUUCAGGCAACGCGUC